AUGGUAGAAGAACUAUCUGCAUUGCACAAAAUAGAUACUUGGGAAUUAAUAGAUCUUCCUCCUCGAAAGCGUGCUAUUGAGUCUCGUUGGGGGGUUUCUCAUAAUCAAGGAGAAAUGUGGAUUGAAGUUGUCUACUCUCCUAAAGGUUACAUUUUUUCUCAAUCCAAGUACAUUGCCAACAUUCUAGAACAUGCUCGUAUUUUUGAUAAUAGAGCAGCAAAUACUCAUCUUGAGUUGAAUGUGAAAUAUGUUCCCUCAUAUGGUGUUCCUUUACCAGAUUCCACUGUGUAUCGUACUUUAGUUGGCAGUUUGGUGUAUCUUACGAUUAUCAGACCUGAUAUUGUUUAUGUUGUUCAUAUUGUCAGUCAAUUUGUUGUCUCUCCGACUACAUUACAUUGGGCAGUUGUUCUUCGUGUUCUUCGUUAUCUAUGA